ACUGUUGACCAUCCAUUCUCGUCUUUCUUCAAUUCUCCGACUGAACUCUUUUUCCGUCUUCUCGAGCGGACGAUCUAUCGGAAACAGCCUCAGUGUCUGCAUAUACACUGUCCUCUCCAGACCAAACUUGUAGGAUUUAUGGUCCGUUGUUGUUGUACAAUUAUGUCAAGCUUGAUGGGCUCAAAUGGUUUGGUCUUGGCAACAGCCAUGGCUGUCUCUGCCGGCACUGUGCUUCUUUUUGAUCUUCUUCAGGAAAAGUAUUUGUCAACUAUUCAGUUUGAACUUACAAACAAUAAACAAGAAUAUUCCCCACAUGGAGAGCAUAUUCUAAAGUCUUGUUUAUCUUCAGGUGAAAAGAACAAAGAUUUGAGGAAGAAGAAGAGAGUUCAUUUUGCAGCUAAUGUGAAAGAUUCAAAUGGAAAUGGCGAGGAAUAUAGAAGGGAAUUUAAUUAUAGCAAAGUUCUUAGUAAUUCUUGUGGUAUGCCAGAAUCGUAGAACUUUGUACACUGGGAUUCUCAAGAAUGGGGUGCAUGGACUUCACUCAUUGAUCAGUAAAAAAAAAAGGAAAUAUUAAAUAAAUAAAAAAUAGAAAUUGAGAGAGGAAGAUUUUAGGCUCUCCCAAUUUGGUUGUAAAUAAAUCUUGAUGUAUGAACAUUACUUUAGAAUAUGAAUAUCUAGUCGAUUGUUUUCUGCCAAUGAAAUUAACAACAUUUAAUUUA